CAAAAUGGGGCCAAUUUACAAUAUUGAGAAGUUUUAAUGUUGAUAGAGUAGGGAGGGAGAUCAAGCUAGGGGAACAAGAGGCGGAAGACAGUUUGGGACGGAAUCGAGGAUUAGGGAUCUGAGACACGAACGGAGCACGACGAGGCAACAGAGUAACCGGCGACGACUUUCUUCUUCGACCAGAACUGCGGGCGGUAGGCUCUCAUCUUCGAUCAGCAUCUGGACACAGAGCAGGGCGGGGGUGGUUGGCCUUCAUCGUCCAUCGGCUAGCAGCGAGGCAUGGAGGUCCGGUUCCGACCUCAGUGAUUCCGGGCGGAAAUCAUACGGCGGCCUUCUCUCUGAUUCGGUUUCAAUUUUUUCACCUUUCUUUAAUCUAAUCUUUCUCACUAUUUUCUUUAGAUUUGUUCACUCUAAUUUUGUAUUCACUUGUUAGACUGCCAUGGCUGCCCUUCUCUCUGAUUUGGUUUCAAUUUCACAAUAUAAUAAGGAAUUCUAUUCAAAUCAUGAUAUGUACUGUAUUUACAAGUCUUUAACUUUUAAUUAUAAGUGUCCACGAUUUUUACAGACAUGCCAUGGCUUUUGCACAUUGCUAUUGUUUUGCCUUCUUUGACAAACUUAUGGAGCUAGGUAGGUUUCAUCAGGGCGACUAAUAAAGCAUGUAGCAUCGUCAAUCGACAAUUGUCAUCACCUUUCAUUUCUAUACAAAGCAAGCUCCACAAGAAAAUGAAUUGGAUGAUGAUCAUAGAUGCCACAUAUGUCAUUGGGUUCCUUUAGGGACCCUGUCUAGCUACUUAUAAUCACUCUUUUAUUUGGCCUUAAGGCAAUUGUUUCUCGUCUUCUUUUUCUCGUUGAUCCCUUUUUUCUGUUCCAACAAUGUUUAUUACAUAUUGUAGAUUUUUGUUGGUGGAAUCUCCGAAGUUAUUUCAUCUGAUAUGGUAAGAGAAUUAAUCUUAACAUCGGUAAAAAUGUUUAUUUUAGAUAAUGUUUCUAGUUUCUUUUUUCAUCCUGCCAGAGGGCAUAAAUUUUAUGCUGCUAUUCCAGCUUAUGGAGAUUGCUAAAUCGUUUGGACAUUUGAAAGCAUAUCACUUUGAGUUUAAUGCAGAUCUUAAUGAGCCACGUGCUUUUCUUGAGGUAUCAUCCUACUAUUCUUUCAUUGGGUAAAUGAUUAUUUAUUCUUUCUUGCUCCCUACUAGAUUAUUGUCUUGUAUAUACUUUGGUAAUGCUCUACUUGUUUUAUGGAGAGAGUGGAAUAAAAUUUACCGUGGAUGUAAUCUGUAUGAGAUGUCAGGCUCGGUGUCAAAUGUCUGUUCCAUGAUCAAAACCAAGUAUAAAUCCAGGGCCUGGAUACUACUGACAAUUAGAAAGCUCGAGCCUCUCAUGCUACCACUUGGGGUUAGGAGGUUUACACUGUAUCUGUGGGCUCGCAUCUUCGAUCAGCAUCUGGACACAGAGUGGACACAGAGUAGGGCUGGUGGUUGUCCUUCAUCGUCGAUCGGCUAGCAGCGAGGCAUGGAGGUCCGAUUCCGGACGGAAAUCAGACGGUGGCAAUCAGUCCAGCAGCUCUCUACAGUGAACUCCUGUCUCCGGCGAGCUAAAGUGCAUGAGUGUAAGGUAAAUUUGGUGCAUAAUUUGUAAUUACUUUAUUUUGUGCUUAUAAUUUUUUUUGCAUAGGAUUCAACGGCUAAUCAAUCUGAAAUCGAUGACCUUACAAUUGAUGGUAAUACAACCACUGAGCAAAGUCAUAAUGAGGAUCGAUGGAACAAAGAUGAUGAGGUUAGAGCGAUGAACUUGAAGAUGUAGACAGUGACGAGCAUUAAAGCUUUGGACUAUAUCUUCCAUAUCAAUGCGUAUUUUAAUUUAGUUCACUUUGACUAUUUAUACUUUAGCUUGAAACGUACGCAAAUGAUGAACUAAUUUUGAGAUGUUAGUUUACUUUCUAGUAAAUGGGUUAGUUGUAA